AUGGCGACUUGGUACGAUUCAUCAAGUCUCCAACGUCAGUACUACAACCCUAGGAAUAGUAUGUCCAUAACUAAUACAAAGGGACUUCUCAAUGCACCGGGUGAAAAUAAUUGCUUCCUCAAUAGUGCCGUACAGCUCUUGAACUUUAAAUUGAUAAAUUGGUUAGCAUCUAAAAAUAGUAUGGGGAAAAAGUCUGAUUUUUCAAAGCAUACCAAGGAAAAAUUCUUGGACAUUGAGGCAGUUGCUUUUGAUGUCUUAGUGAAAUUGAAGGCCUGUACACAAGCCAAGCUGAUAAUAAAAGAAAAUAUUACAAGUGAACCAUCUAUGUUUAGUAAAUUAUUAGCCAAUGCUGGCGGAGUUGGUGAUUUACGAAACUGCCCUAGUAACUGUGGUAAAACUAUUCAAAUCAAACGAUCUCUUGUUAAUUGUCCAGAAAUAGUAAGUAUAGGUCUAGUAUGGGACUCUGAUCAGCCCAGUAUUGACCAUAUUAUGGAUGUCAUAAGAAGUCUUGGUACAACCAUUAGACUACCAUACGUAUUUCAGGGUGUGUUUGACGAAAGAGCUCAUCGAUCUACAUUAUACCUUGUUGGCAUAGUAACAUACUACGGCAAACAUUACUCUACCUUCUUCUUCCACACUAAGCUUAGAGUGUGGAUAUACUUUGAUGAUGCGACUGUGAGAGAGAUUGGAAAUUCUUGGGAAGAUGUCGUAGAGAAAUGUCGCCGUGGACAUUAUCAACCUUUAUUAUUGUUAUACGCUGACCCGCAUGGUACCCCAAUAUCUACUGACACUGCUCCACAAUACGUGUUUAAACUGCCUGGACACACACAGAAUACAUGGGGAACAGACGGAGCAUGUCGGAGUAGACAUCCCAGCAUUCCAAUCAACAUUGAUCCAGUCAGUCAAGAUCAUAACCGCUGUAACUCUAACAGCUCUGGUAGCUCUCGUAGUCUCAGCAAUCAUUCGUCAGAUUCUACUGGUACUGUCAUUUACAGACCCAGGGAAACUAUACCUGAAGUUUCAACUGACACGCAAUCAAUGUCCUCGGCUGCAUCCACAACUGAUGAUGCCCAGAAUAGGAAAGUUAGACGAUCCAGAAGCCGAGCACGAGGACAUGAAAUGAAAAAAGAAAACUACGACACGGUAUCUGUCUCGUCAUCCACGAGUAGUAAUUCUUCAGAUAAAAAGAAAACCAGAAGUAAAUCGCUUGACAGGUUUCGCAUAAAACGUCAAACUAGUAAUGUCUCUGAAAGUUCUCGUGGAUCCUCCACGAAAGAGGAUUAUACGGAUUUGAACACUAUGGAAAGGAGGAAACCAUUCCAAGGGAUCCCCAUUCCACCGGAUAGGUCUAGCAGUACCAAUAUUGCUGGCCCGAAAUCCCCAAAAGCAUUCAAAUCUCCCAAAGUGAAACGGAGGGGUAGUUUCAAAGGUGGUAAAGAUAAUGUACGAGCCGAUAUUAUCAGGAUUCCUGUCACAAACAACGGUGACAAUCAACCCGACAGCUUGGUGUAUAACCCAUAUGGUAAUCUAGCUGUCAAGAAAAAUGAACAAAUCAAGUCUGUAGAAACUCUCAAGACAGACCAUUCACACUGGGAUGAUCUGCAGCAAAUCUAUCAGACGCCGCAUGCGAAUGCUGAAAAUACAGGUGUAGGGUUUCCGAUGGCUGCGCCCCGAAGUCCACAAUUGAAAGAUUUGCAGCAGAUACAUGAACAAUGGUUGAAUGAUAACAAAGAGAAGUACGGCGAUGACCAGCGAUAUUGGCCAGUGCAUGGAGCACCAUUCAACCAACCCAAUGAAGAGUACACAGAUCAGACACAUUUCAGUCGACCUUUGCAGUAUAGUCAGUAUACGCAACAAUACCGCCAGCAACCAAUACAACAGCAUAUAUACUAUUAUCCACCUCAACAACAACAGCAGCAGCAGGCAAGAUAUAACCUACCUUCUCAGGUUGUUCCGGAUACCCUGUCUGCUCAUUACCAGAAAUCUGAUGUUACCAAUCCUAAGCAACUGAAAAGAAUGACUCCAAAGUUAGUCAAGCAGAGGAAUACUGAAAACAAACCCAGCAUAGAACCUAAACAGUCUAAACGAUAUCGCAGGAAAUCGCUGGGUGGUAUGGACACAAGAGGGAUGGAUGAGUUAAGAGAAGCUAUCCAACCACCGCAGAGACCACGGAGUGCUUUACCGUUUCGAGAAAAUAUGAUAAGACCUGAAGAUAGAGGUUAUGCCAGUGGUGAUGAGGUUAGAGGUGGUAUCAUAAAAUCAGGGUUUGUAACUCUACCAAGGAAGCCGAAAAGAUGGUAAUAAGCAGCUGCCCGCCGCUGGGAAGAAUGCGCUAUCAAACACGUCCACAGGUGUGAAGCGAGUUCCUUUGCAGAGGAGUGCAAGCUUUCAUGCAAGAAGUGUCAAAGAUGAUGAUGUAUCUGCUGUUAUUCCUACAGAGUAUGGUCCUAUGGUGAGACAUGGUUUGAAGUAUGAUCUGAUGAAGGGACAAAAUCGCAGCAGUAAUAGUAGUGCCGAAUCAUUCGCAAGUAGCGAGAGCAGUCGACAUAGCGACAGCAGACCAGAGGAUAAGUACAAACACAAUGGAGAUGCAAGGAACAUUGGUGUGAUUAAACCCAUGCCUAUACAUAAAGACAUUCUCAAAGUAGACAUUCCAGAUUUAGGACAGAUUGGACGCCGUGAUUCAGGUUACAAGAGUGGAGACCGAACCAGCGGUAGCUCAGCUAGCAGUUUUUCGGUCGAUUCACCAACCUCUGACAAUGCACUUCACAGUAAUGCAUAUUUACCAAUCAAAAACUUGACCCGACCAGCUGAUAGGAAUUGUGAUAGAACGCUCCCUCCAUCCCAUGUGUCGUCCAGGGGUACUAGUACCCAUCAAAAUGAGAGUACUACCAGUGGUCAAAGGUCAUCUAAUAGUAGUAAUGACCUCAUGGAUUUUAACAGUCUGUCAUCAGAUGUUCUUCAAUGCAAAGAUGAUCCAGUUGAUAGGCUUUUACAGGAAGCAGAAAGUUUAUUAGACAAAUCAUUGCAGUUAGAAAAGAAAGGAGACCUGGCCACAGCAUUGUGUCUGUGUCUCAAUGCUAUCA